UUUGUGUGACGCCGCCCGUUUCUUUUCCUAAACUAAAGUCGGGUCAUGUUGAAGUAGUCGGGCUUCGAGGACCGUUCAGAUUCUCUGUUUUUGUCUCACGGUAGUCGUAAAGCCGCGGUGGAAUAAAAGUUGGACUUUUUUUAAAAACUUUUUCCAUCAUGGGGGAUGUGAUAUCCAGUCACCUGGAUGAAGCCAAGCGCGAGAUGAUCACAGCUCGGACUGGGAAGGCAGUGGCAGAGUUUGGGCGUCUCUAUGAGCAGCAGUAUCCAGUGGCUCUGUUCAACAAGGUUCGCUUUGACAUAGAGGGUGGAGGCGGCCCGCAGCCACAGCUACUACACCGCAAGGUUCCUUUAGAGAACAAGUCCAUCUUCUCUGGCUCACUGUUCCAGUACCUGGAGGAGAACAAAAAAUGGAGGAACCACUUUUUCUUCAUCCCACAAUCUUACAACAUCAACUAUUAUGACAACAAAUCGUCCCAUGACAGACGUCUUCAUCCGAAAGGAACCAUCAACUGUGCUGGAUAUAAAGUGCUGACAUCGAUGGAGCAGUACCUGGAGCUGAUCAGCAACAUCCUGCCUGGUGUGAAAGCCAAAGUGUCCAGUUCACCUUUCCUAAAGUGUGCCACCCAGUUUCCUCUGAUCCUGUGGCACCCGUACAGGCGUCACUAUUACUUCUGUGCUUCGAUUGAGAAGGAACAACAGAAGUGGUACGCUGUCCUCCAGGACUGUGUCAGGCAUGCUAACGACGGGUUGUCUGAGGAAGACAAAGUCCAAACGCCAUCGUUCACUGAUGCACUGCGGCUGUACCGUCAAGCUCAAGGGCACUAUGGCACCUGGGAAAUGAUGUGUGGUGAACCGUCACAGAUCCUGGCUAACCUGGUGAUGGAGGGUCUUCUUCCUGAGGUGAGGGACCUUAUUUCUCCUAGACUCAAAGGCAAGAUGCAUGACAGGCAGCGGAACUGGAUGCUGAUCAGUGAUGCGAUCUACAGUCUGGUUCAGGGGCAGUGCAAGUCCCAGUACGAGGCAGUGGUGAAGCGAUGUGAGGAGAGUCGACCCUCACUGGAAGCCUCUAUACGAACAGACAUGGACCAGAUCAUUACCUCAAAGGAACACGUCACCAACAAGAUCCAAGCCGCAGUCCUCCCCAAAGCUGAGAAGCUGCUGAAGGUGAGCAUCGAGCCUUACAUCACCUCCAUCCUGGACGCACUGAUGGAACCGACCAGCCGCGGCUUCUCAGAGGUCCGUGAUGUUUUCUUUAAGGAGCUGGUGGACAUGAGCAAGAACACCCUCAAUGAUGGCUCAAAGGAGACUGUGGCACAGCACAUGGAGAAGAUCUCCAUGCUGGCCUUCCAUCCGGUGAAGAUGCAGAGCUGUUAUGAGAAGGUGGAGCAGCUGAGUUUGGAGGGUCUGCAGCAAAGAUUUGAUGUCUCCAGUCCCUCAGUGUUUGUCCAGAGGGCCCAGAUCCUCAUGAGAGAGCAAAUGGAUGAUGCGGUCUACACUUUUGAGCAGAUCCUUCACCAGAGUCUGGAGUCUCAGGGUUCAGAGGAACUUUGUAAGACCAUCCAGCGCUGCCAGGACCGGGUUAUUAAGAAAUUUGACUACGACAGCAGCACAGUCAGGAAGCGUUUCUUCCGUGAGGCUCUUCUCCAGAUCUUCAUCCCGUACAUGCUGAAGCAGCUCAGUCCUUCCUGUGCAUCGGAGCUGCCACGCUUCCAGGAGCUGAUCUUUGAAGAUUUUUCCCAUUUCAUCCUGGUGGAGAACAUCUUUGAGGAGGUGGUGCUACACUCUGUGAUGAAGGACAUCAUGAUGGCUGUGAAGGAGGCAGCGGUGCAGAGGAGACACAACUUGUACCGAGACAGCAUUGUCCUUGGUCACAGUGACCCAAACCUGCACCUGCUGGGGGAAAAGCCGUCCAUUGAUUGGGCUGAGGAGUAUGGAGCCGCAGAGGAGGCGGAUGCAGUUGGGGAGGAAGAUGAAGUAUCCCAAAAGAGGAAGAGGAUGAAGCAAGUUGUGUCCAUGGUGCAGGAUGAAGGUGCUGCGGUCCUUCCAAAUGAAUCGUGCAUGGAUGUGCCAGGUGUGGAGGGCAUCACUGAGGAGGGAGAGAACAGCGGAGAGGACGACUCUGAAGCUCCAUCAUCCACCGACAGCCAGCAGAAGGAGGAAUGUGUGAUCCCCGAAGAAUCGAAGCAACGCCCAGCUAUGUCCAAUGGUUUGAUUUUGGCGGGAGCACAGACUAAGCUGGCAGAGCAGAAUAAAGAAGCAGCACCAGCAGCUGAUGUAGACGAGGCAAAGACCACAGAGGCCAGUCAGCCAGUGGAGGAGGAGCAACACCCAGUCCUGAAUCAGGAGCCGGCACCUUCAGAGUCCCCUGAGGAUAUUCAUUCUGGAGCCACUGCAACAGAGAAGGGCUCUGAACCUGGUCCAGGGGGCACCCCUGAGGAGACUGCAGUCAUCCCGCCGCCCCCACAUGAUGACAGUGGCUUCCAGUCUCCAAGCAUUGUGGAGGUGGAGACAAAAGAAGUGGCCACAGACGCCCCACAGCAUGCUGAGAAUCAAGUGAAGGAGGCGGAGACUAAGGAGGGCGUGGCUGCUGCCCAAUGCACAGACGCCCCUCAACAUGCAAUGAAGGAGGCGGAGACAAAGGAGGGCGUGGCUGCUGCCCCUUGCAUGGAUGCACCACAGUGUGCAGAGGUGCAGGUGAAGGAGGCGGAGACAAAGGAGGGCGUGGCUGCUGCCCCUUGCAUGGAUGCACCACAAUGUGCAGAGGUGCAGGUGAAGGAGGCGGAGACAAAGGAGGGCGCGGCUGCUGCCCCAUGCAAAGACGCUCCUCAACAUGCAGUGAAGGAGGCGGAGACUAAGGAGGGUGUGGCUACAGCUGCUUGCAUAGACACCCCACAGCAUGCAGGAGAGACACAGAAGGAGGUGGCAAAGGAAGCGGAGUUGACGAGUGGUGUCACAGAGUCAGAAACCAAAACCAGUGACUCCAACAGCGGACUCCAGUGAGGACUAGGGCACAUUUUGUGGACAGUCUUCAUCAUGCUCUCCCCUGAAAGCCAUUUUUCACAAACACAUCACUUUCAGACCCACGUCUACAUUUCAUAACCGCUGCACAUACUGCAGUCAGCUUCAGCGUCAAGUCAGAUUAAUUUCACCGAGCAGGCCUCAGGUGUUUUUCUACUUGUGGCCACUUUGCUUUUUUCCAUCUGACAGUCUGCAGCAGGCUUAAAGCUCUGCUUUCAGUCGACGUUACUUUGAAUUCCACCCUUUUUUUUUUUUUGUCUUCACCCUCUGAAAAUAAGAGCACAGUGAACAAGCUGGAGUUCUUAAUGGUGUUUUUGUGAAUGUGUGAUUUAGAAAACACCAGCUGAGGUGCUCCUGGUGAAAUACAAGUCACUGAAUUAACUCUGAAGUUGACUCUUCUGUCUCGUUUAACUACUGUAGGAUUUGCAGGAAUCUUCAGUGGAUUUAUUCAAACGCUCUUGUUGUGCAUGCCGGGGUGUCUGCAGCGUGCACAUUGUGCUGGGGUGCAGGUGACAAAACCCACAGAUGUUUAGAAUUAUUUUAUUAUUACCUGGUUAAUUUUAAUUGUUUUUUCACAUGAUCCCGCAAAGUGAAACUCCAAACAUAACCUGACGAUUGAUAGUUUUUGAUGUUGCACACUGACAUCUUGAAUUGAUCAUUUCUUUUAUGUUGGGACUGAAACUUUUUUUUUAGUUUAUCCCUUAAAGGAAGCUUCUGUAUGUCUAUUAAUACUUGUGUGGUCCAAGGUGUUUCCAUGUCUUUUUGUUGUGAUUGGCUCUUUAUCUAAUCUUUCCAAGUCUGUUUUAUUUAUUUAUUUUAUUUUUUUGCACUUUUUUCCAUCCUGCUCUAUGGUCUUCUUGAACAGUCUGCUUUUAGAUUUAUUUUACGCUUGUGUGGUUUAAAUAUAUGCUGUUGAUAAUAAAUCAUUAUCAAUUAAAUAUAA